AUGAAGAUGACGAAGUUUCAUGCAAUCUUCAUUGCCAUUUUUCUUACGCUUUUUUGUCUUCAUGACUUAGGUUUGUGCACGCAACGACAUGAUAACAACAACAUUAGGAUCAACAAAAUGGGAGCAGGCGAGGAAUCUCCCAAUGAUUUUGCAGAAAUCGAAAGCCUCGCUCGUUUCGCCGUUCAACAACAUAACAACAAAGAGAAUGCACUUCUUGAAUAUGUUAAGGUAUUGAAAGCCAAGGAACAAGUUGUAGCAGGUAAAGUAUAUUCUCUUACCCUGGAAGCAGUUGAUGCGGGGAAGAAGAGAAUAUACGAAGCCAAGAUUUGGGUGAAGCCGUGGAUGAACUUCAAGCAGUUGCAAGAAUUCAAGCCUGCUCGUGUUAUCUCUUCGUUUACGAGUUCUGAUCUGGGUGUUAGGCAAGAGGGACACAAAUUGGGAUGGCAUGAAGUCCCAAAUCACGAUCCCAAUGUCAAAGAUGCUGCUAAUUUUGCUGUGAAGUCCAUUAUACGGAGGUCCAACUCUCUGUCUCCGUAUAAACUCCAGGACAUUAUUCAAGCCAAAACCAGGGCCAUUGGAGACCAUGUCAGGUUCGACUUGCUUCUGAAGGUAAGCAGGGGAGUCAAAGAAGAAAGGUUUCGGGUUGAGGUAAAUAAAAAACGAGGAGGAAGGUUUUAUGUGAACUGGAUGGAACAAGGUCACUACUGA